UUGGGACCUUCAGCACGACGCUGACACCGAGCUAAGUGCCCUGCCUCUCCUUGUCCAUUGGCCUUGUCCAUUGGUCCCGUGUUCAGAGUGGGGCGGUAAUGUGUGGCCUUGCACUGUGCGCGCGUCCUGCAGUGCGCUUAUAGGGGGAAUAUACCGUAAACAGCCCGAGCUAUAAAGAGGCCGUUGUGCAGGACCACCGUGUCGCGCUAUCAGCGCCCCUGUAUGGACACUGAAGGAUUUCUGCAACUUUUCUGAAGUAUUUACAGGAUCUCCCCAAGGUUUAGUCACUGACUGCUCAAACGCUCGAUAAGCGGUGGCCUCAUUUAACCAAAAAUAACUUGGGAACAUUUUCACUGGCACGGUGUGAGGCGGCACCAUGAGACCAGUCUGCAGCGCCCCACUUCACUGAAGAUUUCCGUGCAGACAGGUGGAUUGUUGGGAUAUUUCUUGAAGGUAUCCAAGGCCUCAGCAUGCCAAUCCCACCUCCUCCCCCUCCUCCAGCACCCCCUCCACUCCCACCACCACCCAGUGCUGCCCUGCCACAGUGUCCGUCAGAGCCUCCUAAACUCCAGUCUGGUGGAGGAGGAGGUGGAAGGAAUGCUUUGUUGGCUGACAUCCAGAAAGGAACUAGACUCAGGAAAGUCACACAGGUCAAUGACCGCAGUGCCCCUGUCGUCGAUAAGCCCAAGGCUAACACUGGUGAUGUAUCCAGCAGUGUUGGUGCUUCUCAGGGUUUGGGCGGGCUCUUUGCCAGAGGGUUCCCCACUCUUAGGCCUAUAGGACAAAGAGACUUAGCAGUCAAGACCACAGUGACACGAUCGAGCUCAUCAGCCUCCCUGAAGCCACUGUGGAACCCACCCACGUCAGUUGACUCAAGCAGCGGCCCUGAGCAUCCCCCGACAGUGGAACGCCGACGCUCCAUUCCUUGUCCACCCGUGUCUUCCUCCUCUGCUCCUCCCUCCCCUUCUUAUGUCACCAAGAACCCACCUCCUUUCCCCGCACCCUCUCCUCCUCCUGCCCCUCCCUCUGCUCCCCCCCCAGCUCCCCCACCUCAAGCCUUCCAGGACCGGCCGGCCAACAGACCUCCGCCUCUCCCCUCCUGCCCUCCUCCUCCACCUCCAUCCCAGAUCACCAAGCCCACCUGGCUCCCCAUCCAGCACUCCCUUCACACCACCAUCUCCCACCCCUCUACCCCACCUCUUCCUCCACCUCCACCUCCACCUUUUCAGCUUCCCUCUGCUGUCCCAGGGGACCGCUCCUCAGGGUGCUUCUACCCUCCACCACCCUCUGCAGUCCAUUCUGAACCUUUUAGGUUCACCAUCCAGAGGGACAGCCCUCUGGGACCUCCUCCUCCCCCUCUUCCAGCUUCUUUCAGCCCCACCUGCCCAUCCACCCUCCCUCCACCUCUCCCCAAGAUGGCACCAGUACCCUCCCCAGCCAUGCGCUCCCUGCCACCAUCAUACCCUUGUACAGCCCCCACUCGGCGUCCACCUGCUGUGCCCAGGAGUGCAGGUAUGGGCCGGCUAGCUCCUCCUCCAGCUCCUCCGGCACGUUCCCCCAACACAGAGUUGUCCACCCGCAUUCCUCCCCCUCCACCACCUCCACUGCCCCCAUCCAUUGUCAGGAAUGGACACCUACACAGCCUAGCAGAUGAUUUUGAAUCCAAAUUUCAGUUCCACCCUAUUGAAGAUUUACCCCCUCCUGAUGAAUUCAAGCCUUUCCCUCGAAUAUACCCCAGCAAAGAAAACAAAGUGAACCCCAAACCACAUGAGAUCAGGACACACCUCAGAUGAGUAAAGGCCUCACCCUGUUCUUCAUCCUUCCACAAAAAGCAAAAAAGAUGAUGCUUCUCCUCCUCUGCCAUGAAUUUAUUUGAAUGCAAGUUCUCUGUGUGCCUGUCUUGUAUUUAGUGUGUGUAUAGUCCAGUCUGGAAUGUUUUGAAUGUGUGUGAGGAGGAGGCCUCUCCCUGCUCAUCCUCACCAGCCACAGACAUACACUCCUAGGACAGUGUCAUCCAGUAGUUGUUUUUAAAGUCUUUUCAUUUCAGUAUCUGCACACAGUAUAGAAUAUUUAAUCUCUGAGACUUUUAUGAUGUAUUCAUCCAUCCUGCUGUACACAAAGUGCUUACAAGUCUUUUUCUAAGCCUGAGAUAUUCUUAAACAGUUUGCAGGAGAUCAAGUCACAUGUGGGCAAACUGUGUUCCAACAACAGCUGAUGCAUAGUAGAUGCUCCUUAAGAGCCAGGAUUGCUGAAUAAAUGCCUGACAACAUG